AUGGCGCGCUACGCGGAGCGUGUGCUGAGCGCGCGCACGGCGGUGCGUGUUGCAGUGGCGCACCUGAACCUGGGGCGGCUGCUGGAGCGGCGGGGGCGCUGCGCCGAGGCGCUGGCGGCGUACCGGCGCUGCUCGCAGCUGGACGGCGCGGGCCUCAAGGACCCGCUGGCGCACGAGGCCGCCCGCCUCUCCGCGCUGCUGCACCUUGGCCGCCUGUACGCCGAGCAGGGCCUGCACCAGGAGGCCAUGGCCGCCUACCAGGAGGCGCUGGACUCGGCGCCCGAACACUUCCCGCCGCAGGGAAUCUGA